ACAGAAAGUGAUAGAGACACUGAGCAAGUGUGGACCACUUUUACAAUUCAUUCAUCUACCAGUUUUACCUCUUCCGUCCUUCAUUCAGGGUUGGAGUGGUCUGGAUGAUAGAAGGAGAGGGUCAGUGUUUUCUCACAGGUGGCAUUUGAUGUAUGACAAUCUGACCAUGCUGAACUUACAAAACGGCUCCAACUGGACUGGCCCAAACAACUGGUACCACCCGGCCGACACCAUCACUCCUCAACACGGAACAGAUGGUUGCGUGGACGAUCUGAAUGUGCAGAUGGCCGGAGCAGGGGAAGGAGUGGUGCAGGGAGAGAGGGAUGAGGUGGACGAGUCGCAGCUACACCUGCAGCUAAAGAGGAAGCUGCAGAGGAACCGCACCAGCUUCACCCAGGAGCAGAUAGAUGCCCUGGAGAAAGGUGUGACUCAAAGCUCAAUGCACAGUCAGAGUGAUUCGUCUCUCUCAGGCUAUAGCUCUCUGUCGGUCUUCUCCAGUAUGCAGUCUUUGCCCUCCCAGUCCACUCCAACUUACUCCUGCAUGUUGCCUCCUUCUCCUUCUGCCCUCCCCCCUCUUUCCCGUAAAUUUGACUCCUCAUCUUACACCUCUCCCCACCUCCCGCCCCCACCCACGGCCAGCGCAAACACAGGAUUCUUUCCCGGUGUUUCCGCAGCAGGGCAGACUGCAGUUCAAGGCGGCGAGCAGGAGCUGGGACAAGGUCUGGGUCAGUACUGGACGCGACUGCAGUAAAAACACACCUUAUCAUUAUCAGACAAAACCAGCAGAGCUUCAAUCAGCAACUUUGAGCAAAUUAUUUAACAAAACGUGUGUCAGGAAACCCUACUUAUUUAGAUUAUGUACACAUCAGGGAAGCAGUCUAUGUAAGCCAUAAUCCUGUGAAAAAAAUGUGGACCUCACAAACCUGCACAGAUGGAAGAGAAAAGGGACUCCAGCCUUUUUGAUCUGCACAGUUAUAUAGGCCUACUCAGCACCAUGCCAGACAAUAGCACAAACUAGUCUGGUUAACAUUCUCAGCUAUUGGAGUUAAAACAGUGCACAUCUAAAAAAUUAGCUGAGGCCAACACCUUGCCUCAUGUUGAUGCAACGAAAAAUGUUGUUUAAUUGAUGUGCCACUUACAAUCAAUGUGAUAAACUGCAUGUGACCAACAAUGAGGAUGUUUUAAAACUGCUUCUGUA